AUGCCGCUGAUCUCUGCGCCGUCCCUGAACAGCCGCUUCACGCAGCUAGUCAUCGCCGCGGGAUGUCUUAUAACGAUCUUCUGGUUCUUUGCGCCUUCGUACUACACCAUCAACCCUGGCGAUGUACCGCCUCUGACCGCACCGCCGGCGCCUGAGCAGCGGCCGGACUUCACGCCUCCCCAAGCGCCUGCGAAACCGAGACCCAAUCAUCCAAUCGACCAUCUCAUCGCAGAAGCCGACCGCGAGUUCAACGACCUCCUGAGCAAAGAGACGAACAAUCUCCACGAUGCGGCGCAAGCAUACCGCAAUCGGCGCGGGCGACAGCCUCCACCAGGCUUCGACCGCUGGUUCGAGUUUGCGCAGAACCACUCCGCGGUCAUGGUCGAAGACUUCUGGGACCGGAUCUACCACGACCUGAACCCCUUUUGGGGCGUGCCGGCGAAGCAGAUACGCGAACAGGCGAACGACAUACUUUUCAGAAUCAGCGUACGCAAGGGCAACGUGACCUUCAGAGGGGAUGGCGAGGAUAGACCAUGGCUAAACUUGUGGGGGAAUUUGACGCAGACCGUGGCGGAGUGGUUGCCGGACUUGGAUAUGCCGAUUAACCACAUGGACGAAAGUCGGAUGGUCGUGGAGUGGGAGGAGAUUAACAAGUACAUGCAGGCCGAGCAGGCGAACAGGAGGAUUGUGUCGGACGACAAAUUGAUUGAAGAUUUUCAGACGUUGGAGGAUAUGGAUAAGCACCCGCCGCCCAAGUUCGACCCGGAGUGGAUGAAGCAGGGUCCGUACUGGCCACUGGCAGUGGUUGGGUGCCCGCCUGGCAGUCCGGCCAGGCAGGCGUACAUUGAGACGGACUUUCGGACGCCCCCGCCGCUUCUGACGACGUAUCCGGAGGGUUCUUACGAGGGCUAUGUGCAGAACUGGACGCUGGCUAAGAGCCCGUGCGACAAUGCGCAUCUGCAAGGUCUACAUGGCACUUUUGUGGAGCCGAUCUCGCUCUCGACCACGAAGCAAUUCUUCCCACUGUUUGGCGGCAGCAAGCUGCCCAUGAACAACGAGAUCCUGCUGCCCGCGGCUAUGUACUGGACGGAAGACCCAUUCUACUCUGGAGGGGAGGACCACGGCGAAGCCUGGCGGCUGAAGAAGACAGGUUUGAUCUGGCGAGGCGCUGCUUCAGGCGGCCGCAACACGAAGGACAACUGGACGCGAUUCCAACGACAUCGUUUCCUCAGCAUGGUCAAUGCGACCAGCGUGAAGACGCUCGAAACGAACCCGGCAGAGGGUGCGCCCAACUUUGCCCUUCCAGCUAACGGCUCUUACGAACUCGUCACACAAUCGCCAGAUGCCCAACCAGGGGCCAUGGGCGAGUGGGUUGACUCGUGGUCAGAUGCUGGUCCUGUCCAUCUCCUCUGCUUUCCUCAGGAGAGAAAAGAGAACCCACCGAAGGAAGGGCCCAAGUUCAAGAAGUCGUGCUCUUACACCGACCCGUAUUUCAGUAUCGCGAGUAUGGUCAAGAUGAAGGAUCAAUACGAUUACAAGUACUUGCCGGACAUUGACGGGAACUCCUUCUCGGGUCGGUAUCGAGGCUUCCUCGGUUCUACUUCGCUACCCGUUAAAGCCACGAUAUACGAAGAGUGGCAUGAUUCGAGGUUGGUACCUUGGAAGCAUUUCGUGCCAAUGGACAACACGUUCGUUGAUUUCUACGGAAUAAUGGAAUACUUUGUCGGCAACGAGAAGUUUGGUGUGGUCGGACAUGAUGAGGUCGCCAGAAGUCUUGCGAUCGGCGGGAAGCAGUGGGCAGAGAAGGUGUUGAGGAGGGAAGACAUGCAGAUAUAUGUUCUCCGGCUGUUGUUGGAGUACGCAAGGAUAAGCGAUGACCGGAGGGAAGUAAUGGGCUGGAGAGAAAACAAGCCUGGCGGAGGGGAUGUCACAUAG